AGCCCUGUCACAGCUGYCCAGGGCAGUGGUGGAGUYCGCACUCCUGGAGGGAUUUUAAAGCCRUGUAGAUGUGUCCCUUGAGGAUAUAGGCUGGAACUGCAACACCUCACUUAAACCUGGAGCCAUGGGUAGAACUUACUUUGUGGAGGAAUCUAUCGGGCAGUACCUGACAGAGCUCAGCACCAAGGUGAAGCCAUAUGUCACUGGGCUGUUGAUAGGGCAGUGCUCCCCACAACGGGACUAUGUCAUUCGGGCUGUGCGAACACCUCCGAAGGAGCAGCAGCAGGAGGAGACCAUGGGCCCUCCCAGGCUGGCAUCCAUGGAUGAGGAGUGGAUCACCACACACGCCAGCCAGGUGUCCAGAAUGCUCCCUGGAGGGCUGCUGGUCCUUGGUGUGUUUAUGAUUGUGACUCCAGAGCUGGCGAAAGACRGUCAGAACGCUCUGCGCAAGCUAAUCUUCUCAGUGGAAAAGUGCUUGAGUAAAAGAAGGCUCUGGAAACCUGCUGAGGAGGAGAUCUCAGACAGAGCAGCUCUUCAAAUUUGUUCUACUACAAAAAAAGUAGUUUGCCGAACCUAUGAUGUGCAAGACCCAAAGAGUUCAGCUAAACCAGCAGACUGGAAAUACCAGAGUGCUCUGACUGCUUCCUGGUUAGCUUUGGGCUGCACAGUGAAUGUGAACAUCCACAUUCCCCUUCUUGCUACUUCCCCAAACCACGACCURGAGAAGAACACCAAGAACGGGUUAAACCGGUGGUCAAAACAGAUAGAGGACAGUGUUUUUCUGAUCAAUGGCCAAGUUAAGGAUGAGGACACAGAGCUGCUGGAAGGGCAAAAAAAGUUUAAAGGAAAUACUCAGCCCAGCAUUCAGUUUUCUGAUGUCAAGGUUCUGACACAGCUGGGCCAGGGCUCCAGUCCCCGCUGCACGGCCACGGUGCAGGUGUGCAGUGGCUCCAUCAACCUGCGCGGAGCCGUCAAGUGCCGCGCCUACAUCCACAGCAACAAGCCCAGGGUCAAGGAGGCCAUCCAGGCUUUGAAAAGAGACAUAAUAAACACAUUGAGUGACCGCUGUGAAAUACUUUUUGAAGAUCUGAUUUUAAAUGAAGGACCUCAGAAAAAAAAUAUUGAGAGGGAAUAUCAUGUGCUGCCUCAGAGGCUGUUUGUCCCAGUUGCUGGAUCCAGUGUGAUGCUCAGUGAUUACAAGUUCGGUGAUGAGGACACUGGGGAAAUCCAGGAACGUUUUGUUGAGAUGUUGGAUCAGCCUGUGCAAGCUGAAGAUAUCCACAUAGCUGAGGGCAUCAGCAGAGUUGAUAUUUGUCCAGUGACCGAGAGCCCGGGUGACACGCCACAGGCACAGCUGACAAAAGCRACGCUGCUGCUGAAACUCCAACAAAAUAUGGGGCUGGUUGUGGCAGCGGCUGUGGCAGUGCUGGCAUCGAUCUUCUCCUUCAGCUACUUCAGUGACUGAUCUCCAGUGRUUGAACUGCAGCCACCAGAGCCCCUUGGAAGCCCUGGCUGCUCACAGGAUGGGAACAGCUGGAUUAUUGUAUCAGUAAUUAACAAUUGUUGCCUAAAUCCCACCAGGUAGAUGUGCAAUAUAAGCUGCAGUGGUAGGUUCAGUUACUUUUUCCCAUCAUGCUCUUCCUAAAUUAAGUAGAAUUAUGCAUUUAUAGAAUCAAGGUCAAUCAGGUUUACAAGAAACUAACCCUGUUGCUCUGUAUAAAUUAAUGAUAAUAUUAUUUUCUAGAAAGAUCCCCUAGAUAAAUACAGAACCUUCAUUUUCUUCCCCCUGGCUCCUUUCACACAAAAUGCUGCUCCUAAUGUUUCUCAGGGUAUUGGUAGAACCUGCAUAAUGACCUGGUAUGACAAUUUCUGCUUUAAGGUUUCCUUUGCUAAGAGAAAUCUUAUUUUAUUACAGUUAAUGGGGGAAAAUUAGGUUUAGUAAAACCAGCAUUUGACCUUAGGCAUUGUUUUAGAUGAUACUGGCUAACUAGCAUAAAAUGCAUAGAAAUAAUUCCUAGAAGUUUCAAGUUUAGACCAAGGCAGCCUGUAAAUAGCUUGGUUCCAGACCUGGARAACUCAGAAACCAAUGAAAUGCAUAGAAUUGCUGAGCUGUGUGUACUGCCUUUUACUCAGUGCCUCCUGAUGAGGAUUCUCUGUCCAGCCCCUAUUCAAUCAUCAUUAGCUUGGAAUUUUAACUAUUUAACAGCUACGUUUUGGUGGGCCUUGUGGCUUAUCUUGUAGGUACAGGUGAGUUGUCAAAAUUUAUGCUAAUCAGGAUUUUUAGGCUAUAAACAGAGCUUUCCAUUAGCAGAGGUUCUCCUGGGGGUGUUGGCCAGUUACAUGUUUACUUGCCCUGAGAAAGGUGRAAGGAAGGAAWGARUUCUAGUGAGGUUAAUAAAGGUAAUUUGURUAUGAAAUGUGAUGUUUACUUGGACCUGAAGUACAACACAGAAGAAUUAAAUUAUUUUAAUUUAAUACCAAUUUAAUACCAAUGGAAAUUUCUUUUUUUGUUUGAAGGCAGUGGAACACAAAGAAAAAAUAAAUCCUAUGAUUCUAAAGCAUAAUCAGCUGUGUACUGGGAUACCUUUAUUAAAGGGAACUCUGAGAAAGGUGUCUUAACCAUGAUUGCAUCAUCUAUGCUUUUACAUUCAGUUUUUACACGUUUGGAAAAAAAAAGAGCUGCUUUUACUAUUGUAAGCAUGUUUUGAAACUCACUGUUGACCUUCUGUGCUCAGCAUUGCUCAAGUGGGGCCUCCUGGAGGAAGGUAUCACCAGUAUUGUCUGCUGUUCUUCCUAUUACUUGUGGCUGGAGUAGAAAUAAUUAU